UGCGCGAGCUAGCAAGCGCACCGAAUUGGAAAAGCAACUUGAGACAUAGAAAGAAAGUGAGAGAGAGAUGGUGGAGAACUGGGCAUGGCUGGGCUCGUCCCUGGCGAGCUUAAUGAUCCUGUUGCCGAUGCUCAAGAUGUACUUCCCACAUCACCUCCAGUUCUAUUUCGCCUGGUACAGCCGCAAGCUACUGGCCUUCUUUGAUCCGUAUCUUCACUUCACCAUACCGGAGUUCGUGGGCGAGCGCAUGAAGCGCAGCGAGGCCUUCUGCGCCGUCGAGGCCUACCUCUCCGCCUCGUGCUCGCAGCGCGCCCGCAAUUUCCGGGCCGAGAUCGGCAAGGACAGCGACCGCCUCCUCCUCAGCAUGGGCGACAACGAGGAGCUCACCGACGACUUUCAAGGCGCCAGGCUCUGGUGGUCCUCCCGCUCCCACCCCGUCGAACCCAGCCGCUCACCCUGGUAUCAGACGCAGCAGGUGGAGCGGCGGUACUACCACCUGAGCUUCCACAAGCGCCACCGCGAGCUGGUGAUCGAUUCCUACCUCUCGCACGUCCUCCGGGAGGGCCGCGCGGUGACGGUGAGCAACCGCCAGCGGAAGCUCUUCACCAACAUCGAGAGCAGCCACUGGGACUUCGGCUUCAAGCGGUCGCCGUGGAGCCACGUCCCCUUCGAGCACCCGUCGACCUUCGACACCCUCGCCAUGCCCCCGGCUAAGAAGAGCGACAUCAUCGACGACCUCAUCGCCUUCUGCAACGGAAAGGACUACUACGCCAAGAUCGGCAAGGCGUGGAAGCGCGGGUACCUGCUGUACGGGCCCCCCGGGACCGGCAAGUCGACGAUGAUCGCCGCCAUGGCCAACUUCCUCGACUACGACAUCUACGACCUCGAGCUGACCGCCGUGAAGUCCAACACCGAGCUGCGCAAGCUCUUCAUCGAGACGACCGGCAAGUCGAUCAUCGUCAUCGAGGACAUCGACUGCUCGCUCGACCUGACCGGCGACCGGAAGGUGAAGAAGAAGAAAAGCGCGGACGACAAAGAAACUGAAGACAAGAAAAACGCGCAGCCGCCGCUGCCGCCGGGGAUGGAAGAUAGGGAGAAGAACAAGGUGACGCUGUCGGGGCUGCUGAACUUCAUCGACGGGCUGUGGUCGGCGUGCGGCGGGGAGAGGAUCCUCGUGUUCACGACCAACCACGUGGAGAAGCUCGACCCGGCGCUGAUACGGCGGGGGAGGAUGGACAAGCACAUCGAGAUGCCGUACUGCUGCUUCGAGGCGUUCAAGGUGCUGGCGAAGAACUACGCCGACGUGGAGGAGCACGAUAUUUUUGGGCAGAUUAAAGAAUUGCUGGAGGAGGUGAAGAUCACGCCGGCGGACGUCGCGGAGAGCCUGAUGCAGAAGUCUGAGGACAAGGGCGUGGUUGAGCGGCUGGAGAACCUAGUGCGGGUGUUGAAGUCAGCGAAGGAGGAAACGGAGAAGGGAGUGGCAAAUGGUAGCUGUAGUGGGGAGGAAGAGGGGGAGAUAGUGGAGGAUAAUUGACUGGUACCUGGGAUUUUGCAAUUUUGUGUUCUAGACUUAGAUGAUUUCAGUGACCGUAUGAAAUAUUAAAUAACUUUAAAAAAAACAAAAAACAAAAAUUUAGCGAAACAGUUGGGAUUCAUUUGUGGGAGAAUAGUCAUGGACAGUCCUGGUAAUAUUAUUAAUAAAAUUAUCUCCAGUCUAAUCAUA